AUGGCACCCGAUAAGCAGUGGAUGAAUCUUGUUAAUGAUCGACUAAGUGAAACAUAUCAGUUUGGCAUUAAGGAAUUUUUAAGAUAUGCUUCAAAAAAGUUGGGAGAUCGUGAAAUUCGAUGUCCAUGUGUCAAGUGUAAUAACACUUAUGAAAGAAGUCAUGAAGUGGUUGAAACCCAUAUAACAAUUUAUGGCAUAGUCCAAAAUUAUACAUUUUGGUAUCAUCAUGGAGAAAGGAAAGGUGAAUCUGAAUCUGAAUUUGAAUGCGAGGGUGAAGAAGAUGAGGUAUUAGAAACCAUAGGAGAUGAAGAGAUUCAUGGGAUUAUGAGGGACUUCUUUCCUACUUUAGAUUCUUUCAACAAAAAUAGAGCAGAUUUUGGUGGCUCGAGCCAUAAUGUGCAAAAAGAGGAUCCUAAUGAUGAAGCAAAGAAAUUUUAUAGGCUAUUGACAGAUUUGGAGCAACCAUUAUAUGAAGGUUCUAAGAGUUCAAAAUUAUCUACUAUAAUCAAGCUAUUACAUAUUAAGAGCCUUGGUCGCUGGAGUAAUGAGUCAUUUACUAUGUUAUUACAAAUAUUACAAGAUGAAUUACUCCCUGAUGGUUCGACUUUGCCAAAUUCAUAUUAUGAGGCAAAGAAGAUUAUUCAAGAUCUUGGACUCUCGUACAAGAAGAUUGAUGCAUGUGUCAAUAAUUGUAUGUUAUAUUGGAAGCGAGAUGAGAAGUCUGACUUUUGUAGUAUAUGUGGAGCUUCGAGAUGGAGAAAUGAUAAUUGUAAUGGAGAAAUCAAAGUUGGAAGGAAUGGCAAAAGAAAACCCGUAAAAAUAUUGCAGUACUUCCUUUUAAUGCCGAGGCUUCAAAGGCUAUUCAUGUCCAAGCCUCAUAAUGUGAGACUUGGUCUUGCAAGUGAUGGGUUCCAACCAUUUGCACAUUCCAAAACUUCAUAUAGUAUUUGGCCAGUAUUUCUUAUUCCAUACAAUUUACCUCCUUGGAUGUGCAUCAAAGACUCUAAUUUGAUUCUGUCAAUGAUCAUACCGGGUCCUGAGGGACCAGGGGAUGCUAUUGAUGUCUAUCUCCAACCUUUAAUAGAAGAAUUACAAGAGCUGUGGGAAGUAGGAGUUGAAACAUUUGAUGCAUCAAUUCACCAGAAUUUCAAAAUGCAUGCAGCUUUACUAUGA